AUGAAAAGUAGUAUGAAUGAAGAUAUUCAAACAGAAUUAAUUAUAAAAAAAACAUUUGAUAUUGUUAAAUCAUAUUUGCAUAGUUUUUUUGAAAUACUUAGUAAUAUUAAAGGCGAGUUAGUAGAGAAUAAUAAUAAAUUAGAAUCUAAAUCUUUGAAAUGUCUGUUUUCUGAUCCAAAUGUUUUAACAUAA